AUGAUUAUCAUUCGACCAUUUACUCCAUUAUCAUUAUCUCAAUUUUCAAUACCUAUUCAUCUAUUCUUACCUAGUAAUCUACGUGGAGUUGUUAAUUAUAUAUGUAAUCCUAAGACAGAUGUUAAUGAACGAAAAGAAUUCUAUGAUUAUAUUCGAGAAAAUAUUCCUUAUGCAACUGGCUUUAUUUGUAAUUCAUUGAAAGAAUUUGAUGAAAAGUAUAUUGAAGGAUUUUAUCAAUUAUCUGGAAAUUUAGCACCUAUUCGUUUUAUUGGUCCUAUUAUUUUUAAUAGUCAACAAUCAAUGGAAAGCAAAACUAAGGAAAUAAUCGAUUGGCUUGAUAAACAACCUGUUGUUUCAGUUAUUUAUAUCGCGUUUGGUUCAAUCAUUCGUUUACCACCAUAUACUAUUGAUAGUGUUGCUCAUACUCUAUCGAAUUAUUCAUUUAUUUGGUCAUUAAAAAUAAAGACAUCAUUUCCUUCAUCAUUAAUGAAUCUUGAUUCUAAUCGCAAACUUGUUCUUGAAUGGGUUCCUCAACGUGCUAUUCUAUCACAUCCUUCAAUAUCAUUUUUCUUUUCUCAUGGUGGUUGGAAUUCUCUUCUAGAAAGUAUGUUUCAUGGAAAGGCAUUACUUGUAUGGCCUUUUGUUGCUGAUCAAUUUGAUAAUGCUCUUCAACUUAUUCAUAUGGGUAUGGCUUGUCAAGUAUCUGAUAAUCUUCAAACUGAUAUUGAACAUAUGUUAAACAAUAAUAGUUAUUCAAGUAAAGCUAAAGAAAUUCAACAAAUAGUUAUAAAAGCUCAAGAAAAGACGUCAAAAGAACCAAUCAUUGAUAUUGUUCAACUUAUGUCAAAUAACCGAAAAAAACAUGAUGAAUUUUAA